AAAUCAAAUUUGACGUAGAAAUACGUUUUUCGGAGAGAUUUAUUUUUUUUUAAAAAUAAAAAAAUAAAAGAAAGAAAAAAAAGUUUCCCUAAUAGAACCUUCUAGGGUUUUGUUAUCCUUUUAACAUUUCUACACAUUUUAUCUUUUCAAAAGUCUAAACACAUACCUUAUUGACUCUUCACUCCGUAGUAGAGAAAAACUCACCAUUUUCACAAUAAAGCUCGAAAAAGAAUGGCAACGACUCAGCUGGCUGCGUCAUCCAUUUCUGCCAAGGGUUUUGCAUCCUUUGAGGGGCUUAGGUCCACGAGUAAUUUUAAGGCUGUGUCUUUCGCUCCUUUAAAGAAGAAUAGCAGGUCGUUCCGUGGACUCAUCGUCAAGGCUGCAACUGUUGUAUCUCCUAAGUACACUUCAAUUAAACCUCUAGGUGAUAGAGUUCUGGUGAAGAUUAAGGAUGCAGAGGACAAGAGCGUAGGCGGCAUCCUGCUUCCAACAUCAGCACAGUCAAAGCCACAAGGAGGUGAGGUUGUUGCUGUUGGGGAGGGUCGUUCAGUUGGUAAGACCACAGUGGAAAUUAGUGUGAAGAAUGGUACCCAAGUGCUGUACUCGAAAUUUGCGGGAACUGAAGUGGAGUUCAAUGGAUCAAAGCACCUGAUUUUGAAAGAGGAUGACAUUAUCGGUAUCCUUGAGACAGAUGAUAUCAAGGAUCUGCAGCCGUUGAAUGACAGAGUUCUAAUCAAGGUGGCUGAGACUGAGGAAAAAACCGCUGGAGGAUUGUUUUUGAGCGAGUCUGCAAAGGAGAAACCUUCAAUUGGCACGGUGAUAGCCGUUGGACCCGGUCCUCUCGACGCGGAAGGAAACAGGAAAUCACUUACAGUAUCCCCUGGAAAUGAAGUUUUGUAUUCCAAAUAUGCUGGCAAUGACUUCAAAGGAGCUGAUGGCUCUGAUUACAUUACUCUAAAGGCACCUGAUGUAAUUGCUAUUCUACCAUAGAUAGUAUGUUAAUGUAAACUAUUUCAUUUUCAUAUUAGUAUUUGAAUUUUGAAAUGUAGACUAGAAAUGAGAAAAGAAUGUUGCAUCACUUUGGAAUAAAACCUUUUUGCAGAUUAA